CGAACAAGCCCGAACACGUUCCAUGUGGGAUUGUGUGAUACUUUGAUUAAAAAUGAGGUAUGCACAUCUGGUCCUGGGCCCGGCAGGCUCAGGCAAGUCAACAUACUGUGAAGUUCUUCAGAGACAUGCCGAAACCUGCAACAGAGUGAUAAAUGUUGUCAACCUUGACCCAGCUGCUGAAGCCUUCAACUAUGGUGCUUUGGUGGAUGUCCGUGACCUCAUUCAGCUGGAUGAUGUCAUGCAAGCAGACGACAUGGACUUCGGCCCCAAUGGAGGGCUAGUGUUCUGCAUGGAGUAUCUGAUGGAGCCAGAUGGAUUAGAGUGGCUAAGGGAGCAGCUGGGAGACUAUGACGAUGACUGCAUUUUGUUUGAUUGCCCAGGACAGAUUGAACUAUACACACACAUGGAUGUUAUGAAAACAUUAAUUCAACACCUUCAGUCAUGGGAUUUUCGUGUAUGUGCUGUGUUUGUACUGGAUUCUGUGUACAUGGUCGAUGCCGCAAAAUUUCUUUCUGGUUCACUGGCUGCUUUAGCAACAAUGGUACAACUAGAGGUCCCUCACAUUAAUGUCCUGACAAAAAUGGACUUGUUAAAUAAAUCAGCAAAGGAGCAACUGGAGAUGUUCUUGGAACCAGAAGUACAUGAACUUUUGACAUCAGAUCAUUCAGUUUCCAAGUUUAAUAAAAAGUACCACAAACUUACACAUGCGCUGGGUAAAGUAAUAGAUGACUUUUCAUUAGUCCGCUACAUUCCUCUAAAUAUAAACAAUGAGGAAUCUUUGACAGACUUGCUGAUACAGACAGAUUUUGCACUCCAGUAUGGUGAAGAUACAGAUGUCAAAACACGUGACUUUGAGUACCAAGAUAAAGAUGAUGAUGAAGAAGAACCUCAAUUUAAUGAUUAAGGGAUUUUGUAAUUACUGUAUGAUUUAGCGGAAAAAAGGACAAUAAAAUUUAUACAUCGUA